AUGUCAUCAGCAUACGCAAAGCAGAAGCUCAAGCAGUCGCGCGAUGCUUUGGCUAAGAAGGACUGGUUCGCGGCGGCAGAAGCUGCCAACAGCGUGCUCGAGCAGGAGGGCGACAAUUAUAACGCAAACGUCUUCCUCGGUCUCGCCCUGUUGAACCAGGAAAAGUUCGACGAGUCCGAAGCGGCCUACCUCAAAGCCACGCGCGAUCAUCCGACACAGCUGCUGGCGUGGCAGGGACUGCAAAAGUUCUACGACCAGCGCAAGAGCUGGGACAAGCUCCGCGAUGUGCUUUAUAAGCUCAUGGAUCUAUACAACGACGCAGGGGAUGCGACAAAGUGCGCAGAGGCCUUUCAGCGAUUGUUGGCGUUAGAGAGGGAAGAGGGCGGACGCAGGCGCGUCAUCGAUACGCUCUCGCUGCUGCUCCACGACUCCAAGUACCAUGACCUACUAUCGACGCUAGAGGUACCGGACCAGACACAACCGGAAAAGUCGACCACCUUCGAAACACAGAUGGCUAUUCACGUCAAGAGUCUUGAAACGCUACUGGAGCUCAUCGACCUGUCGCAAAAAUGGGAGGCCGACACAAUACAAAAGGAGUCGGACAAGCGCAGAAUGCGUCUCGACGGAGCCAACAAGGGCAAGGAGGCUCUUACGAACCAAGUACGCCUCGAGGUGUACUCGGACUCGCGGCUGCCAGGCCUCUACGAGUCGGUCCUGUCGCAUCCCAAAGCAGAGGACGAGCUUCGCAUCGAAGUCGAGGCCAAAUUGCUCCGUCAUCGCUUCGCUUUGCUCAACUCGUACCCACCGAAGCAGCUGGCAAGAGAAUCAGCUCCUACAGGCACAGCAGCCGUCGAUCGCAAAGUGCAGGAGAAGCAGGAGCAGGCCGAGCAAGAACAGGAAGAAUCGAAACGCAGUCUGCGGGACGAGAUCCUCAAGCUCGCCAACGGCAUGGUCAUCAUUGGUUUGCCGGACGAACUGGCAUGGGAAAUCGAUCUCGAAUGGACACCCGUCCUCUCACUGGCAGACCUGCGACUGGAACAGGUCCGCAAAUUCAUCAACCUCUUCCCACGAUCAGGCCGCACCAAAGCGUUCCGCUCCUACCUGCUGCUCAUCAAGGACGAGCAGUAUCUGCACGAGAUCAAAGAAGAGGAGAAGCGCGCCGACGUAGAGAUCGAACUACCAAAGUCACAGGACGAUCUGCUCAACCUCGCCAUCGACGGUCUCGAGGAAUGCCCCAAUUCGGUGCUUGCGCAUCGCAUCGCGGCCGCGCUGUAUCUUCUCGAUCGAGACUUCCAGUCCGCAUCCGAAGUGGCGACCUCUGCGCUUCACGUCGUUGAUCGCAUCGAGUCGGACACCGCCGUCGAUCUCGCUCAGUCUCGCAUCGGCAUCAACAAAACCCUCCUGUCAGCUCUGACGCACCUCCAUCCACCACAGCACCACGCCAGAGCCUCUCGUCUAGUCGACAGCGCCCUCGAAGCAGACCCCUCCGACAUCGACACUCUUCUUGCAAAAGCAUACAUCGAGCAGGCUGCCUUCCGCUGGGACUCGGCGCGCACCCUCUUCGAGCGCGUCCGAACCAUCUCCGCCACCCAAGACCCCGCCUCGUACAAGAAUCGCGUCGAACGCAUUCUCUCGCUCAGCACCGAUCCUUCCCAAGAAGCAAGGAUUGAAACCGCCUGGUGCGACGUCAACACCAACAACCUCGAGUCCGCCAAAACAGAGAUGGAAGCCAUCCUCUCCCGCAUCGAUCCGAUCUCGUACGAGGGUGCCACGGCGGAGCUGCGCGCCAAGCUGUGGUGGCGACUCGGCCGAUGUCUCUGGCUGAUGGGUGGAGAGUAUCGGUCCGACCCCGCGCAUGCUUUCACGGCGUUCAUUACGGCGCUCAAGCGCAACCCGGCGUUCGCGCCGGCAUACACGUCGCUCGGGUUCUACUACGAAGACGUGCUCCAACCGGCCGAUCUGGUGCGCUCGAGCAAGUGCUUCCAAAAAGCGUUCGAGCUGGACGCGCGAGAGGACGAGGCGGCGCGACGGCUCGCGGUGGGUUUUGCCGAGGAGCAAGAGUGGGACUUGGUCGAAGUGGUUGCGCGUCGAACGAUCGAGGGUGAAGGUGGUGCGGACGCUAUUGGUGGUGGGACGUCUGCAGCGGUGCAUGCUUCAAGAAGGCAUCUGUCGCGCAACGCAUGGGCCUGGAAAGCCAUCGGCAACGUCGAGGUCGCCAAGAAGCGGUUCGAGGAGGCGAUUUUGGCGUUUCAGAUUGCGUUGCGUGCCGAGCCGAAAGAUCAGGUCUCGUGGCAGAGGCUCGGUCAGGCGUACGCGUUGGCGGGGAGACAUGUCGCUGCGCUAAAGUGCUUUGCCAAGUGUCUCGAGCUGGUUCAGGCUGCGGGUGAUGCAGAGGACGACGGCUGGCAGGCCAAAUACAGCAUCGGCGACGUGCAUCUCGAGCUAGGUAACUUCGGCACUGCCAUUGACACUUUCAGCGAGAUCCUCGCCAGCCAUCCGGACGAACUCGGCGUCAGGGUGGCGUUGAGCAACGCAUUCCUCCUCUCAUCCCGUCAGGAGCUGGUUACGGGCUACACGGAGCGCGCGGAGAUCUCGGCGAUCAGCGCGAUCCGCGAAGCAGCACACGCACUGCUCACGCACGACAAGCACCUCCGUUCGGCAUGGAAGGUCGUCGCAGACGCCGUGUUCCAUCUGUCCAAAUUCGGUAGUCUUCAUCGAUCCACCGCGCUACUGUCAUCCGAUGGAGGCGGGGAGCUCUCUCCCCUGCUCAAGCUGGCCAACGAUCUGGAGACGGAUGCAAAGCUCCCCUCGAUCAGCGUCGUCACCUACCCCAAGCUCUCCCUCCCCUCCGCCGACGUGACGCCGUUCACCAUUCUCCAACUCAGCGUGUGGCUAUACAAGCUGCGGGUAGUGCUCAACGCGUCCGACGAUGCAGUGGCGGGCAGCGCAUGGGCCGACCUCUCCGUCGCCCUCUACCGACUCUCCCUUUCGCUCCUCGAUCCUUCCAACCACACUCAUCUCACCGCACCUGCAUUGGCACCGCUAGUGGACCACGCAAAGUCCACCAGCGACGCAGCGCGCCUCAGCGCAAUCGGCUGCAUCAAGCAAGCCCUACGCCACACUCCCGGUGACGAAUCCUACUGGCUCCUGUUGGGCAAUCUCACCUUCACCUCCUCCGCCAGUCUCGCGCAGCACUGCUUCAUCCGCGCCAUCGAAUCCACACCCAAAAGUCCGAUCGGCUGGACGCAUCUCGGUUUGCUCUAUCUGCAUCACGGGGACGCAGAGUUGGCGAAUGAGAGCUUUAUAAAAGCCCAAACGGCUGAUCCGGAAUACGGGGCUGCGUGGGUGGGGCAGGCGUUGGUUGCGCGUCACUUUGGGGACGUCAAGAUGAGCAGAGGGUUGUUGGAGCAUGCUGUUUCGCUAACCGAUGGAAGUUUGAGCGAGGCCGGCCUAGCGCUGGGCCAGGCGGUGCUAGCCGAGCUUGGGGUAGGGGAAACCACCCUGAGUGGAGCGAGCUUCGCUCUGGGGAGAUGCGUGGAGGGUGCACCAGGGGAUGCGAGCGUGCUGCACCUCAGUGCGAUGUUGUGCGAACGACUGGGGCAGACGGAUCUGGCCAGCGAGCGGGUGGAAUUGGCAGCGAGGGUGUUGGAGGAGAGGUAUGAGAAGACGGAGGUGAUGGAGGUGGCACAGCAGUAUGCGGUGGCGGAGGGCAAUUUGGGGCGGAUUCGACUGGGGAGGGGCGAUUGCGAGGGGGCCAAGGGGGCGUUUGAGGCGGCGAUCGGGCUGUUGGAUGGCGAGAUGGAUGGCGAUGGGGGAUUGGCACCCGAGGCGGUAAGGGCGGCGAAGAUGGGUGCGCAGCUUGGGCUGGCGCUUGCACACCACUUCACCGGCCAGCCCGAUGCGGCGCUGGCGAGCGUGCGGGAGGCACUCGACACGGCAACCGGCAGCGCUGCGGAACUGGACCUCACGCUGCACCUUGCCAAGCUGCUGUUCGCCAACUCAGGCACGGGGGCGGUGGAGGAGGUGAAAGAAGCCCUGUUCGCCAACAUUCAGGGGAAGACAGUGCACGUGCCGUCCAUUCUGGCGCUUGCCGUUCUUGGCCUUGCCAGUGGCGAUGCGGAUCUGCUAGAUGCCGCGCAGUCGGAGUUGGAGUCGCUGCAACAGAGCGGAGACGCGGGCGGGGAGGUGGAUAGUGUCGUGCGGCUGUUGGUCGCGAUCAAGACGCUCGGCGGGGGCGCAGGCGGCGUGGAGGCGCUGGAGCUCAUCCACGGGACCAUCCAGAGCGCGAUCGGAAGAAGGGACAGUCCACGCUCAGUGUUCAAUCUCCACCUCGCGUACCUCAGCCACGCCCUACACGUCGUCGAGAAGGAAGGAAAGGAGGUGUUGGAGGAGGAGAGGAAGGGUCAGGUGCUGGCAUACGCGAAUUUGACCCAGGACCUCUUUGACACGUACGCAGGUGCUUGGCCGGAGGUCGAGAAGGGUAGAGCGAGGUUGGGCGUCCUGCUGGCGAGGAUGAGAGGCGUGUUCGGGGAUGAGAUGGGUGGUGACGGGAAGAGGAAGGGUGGGGCAUUGGUCGAGCUGGCCAUUGUGGACGCGCCGUGGGUGCUCAUGGCUAGCGCGUAA